GAACUCCUGGACUCAGGCGGUCCUCCAGCCUUGGCCUCCCAAAGUACUGGGAUUACAGGCGUGAGUCACCACCCCUGGGCCCCUUCCUUGGUUUUAAAAAGAGACCCAGGAAGCUCAAAUUCUUCCUGAAUUGCCCUGAAAAGAGGUGGUCGGUCCUGCAGCCAGCUGACCCAAAUGUUCCUGCAGCAGCCUUGUCCCCAAGGAGUUGGAAAAGGGACCUCUGAGGUCCAGUAGUGGCUGCCAUCAAGCUCUGACCCCUCCCUUCAGGCUCAGGGCCCCAAACAGCCAGCUCCCCGCCCCCCUCCACACCCAGCUUCCCUCCCCCAUGGCCUCGGCCCCUCCCGCCAAAGGAAGUGAGAAGGGGCUGUUGUAAGAGGAACUAAAGCCAGGAGUCCGGUGAAGGGGUAGAAGCAGGGCCAUGCCCAAGCCACCCCCAAGAGCCCCCUGAACCUGCACCUCCAUCACGACCCAUUCAGGUGCCUCCAGGAGCCCAGACACCAGCCCCCACCAUGGGCAGCAAGGAGCGCUUCCACUGGCAGAGCCACAAUGUGAAGCAGAGCGGCGUGGAUGACAUGGUGCUCCUUCCCCAGAUCACCGAAGACGCCAUUGCCGCCAACCUGCGGAAGCGCUUCAUGGACGACUACAUCUUCACCUACAUCGGCUCUGUGCUUAUCUCCGUAAACCCCUUCAAGCAGAUGCCCUACUUCACCGACCGUGAGAUCGACCUCUACCAGGGCGCGGCCCAGUAUGAGAAUCCCCCGCACAUCUACGCCCUCACGGACAACAUGUACCGAAACAUGCUUAUCGACUGUGAGAACCAAUGUGUCAUCAUUAGUGGAGAGAGUGGAGCUGGGAAGACAGUGGCAGCUAAAUACAUCAUGGGCUACAUCUCCAAGGUGUCUGGCGGAGGCAACAAGGUCCAGCAUGUCAAAGAUAUCAUCCUGCAGUCCAACCCGCUGCUCGAGGCUUUCGGCAACGCCAAGACUGUGCGCAACAAUAAUUCCAGCCGCUUUGGCAAGUACUUUGAGAUCCAGUUCAGCCGAGGUGGGGAGCCGGAUGGGGGCAAGAUCUCCAACUUCUUGCUGGAGAAGUCCCGCGUGGUCAUGCAGAAUGAAAAUGAGAGGAACUUCCACAUCUACUACCAGCUGCUGGAAGGGGCCUCCCAGGAGCAAAGGCAGAACCUGGGCCUCAUGACACCAGACUACUAUUACUACCUCAACCAAUCGGACACCUACCAGGUGGACGGCACCGACGACAGAAGUGACUUUGGUGAGACUCUGAGCGCCAUGCAGGUCAUUGGGAUUCCACCCAGCAUCCAGCAGCUGGUCCUGCAGCUGGUGGCAGGGAUCUUGCACCUAGGGAACAUAAGUUUCUGUGAAGACGGGAAUUACGCCCGAGUGGAGAGUGUGGACCGUGAGUGUGGGUGUCAGGGAGGGCGGGAUGGAGGCCUGUGGGUGUGUGAACUGCGUCCUCCCAGCUCUGCCCCCAGGAAGCUGAGAGCCCACGGGGACAACGUCAGUGUCACUGGCAAGAUGGGGAUAAUAGGAGGCCCAUGCAGGAGGCACAAGAGCCCAACCAACUGUCCCGUUUUUGCCUUGACCUUUGCCCCGGUAGUCCUGGCCUUUCCCGCCUACCUGCUGGGCAUUGACAGUGGGCGACUGCAGGAGAAGCUGACCAGCCGCAAGAUGGACAGCCGCUGGGGCGGGCGCAGUGAGUCCAUCGAUGUGACCCUCAACGUGGAGCAGGCAGCCUACACCCGCGACGCCCUGGCCAAGGGGCUCUAUGCCCGCCUCUUCGACUUCCUCGUGGAGGCCAUCAACCGUGCUAUGCAAAAACCCCAGGAAGAGUACAGCAUCGGUGUGCUGGACAUUUAUGGCUUCGAGAUCUUCCAGAAAAAUGGCUUCGAGCAGUUUUGCAUCAACUUCGUCAACGAGAAGCUGCAGCAAAUCUUUAUCGAACUCACCCUGAAGGCCGAGCAGGAGGAGUACGUACAGGAAGGCAUCCGCUGGACUCCAAUCCAGUACUUCAACAACAAGGUCGUCUGUGACCUCAUCGAAAACAAGCUGAGCCCCCCAGGCAUCAUGAGCGUCUUGGACGACGUGUGUGCCACCAUGCACGCCACGGGCGGGGGAGCAGACCAGACACUGCUGCAGAAGUUGCAGGCGGCCGUGGGCACCCACGAGCAUUUCAACAGCUGGAGCGCCGGCUUCGUCAUCCACCACUACGCUGGCAAGGUCUCCUACGACGUCAGCGGCUUCUGCGAGAGGAACCGAGACGUUCUCUUCUCUGACCUCAUAGAGCUGAUGCAGACCAGUGAGCAGGCCUUCCUCCGGAUGCUCUUCCCCGAGAAGCUGGAUGGAGACAAGAAGGGGCGCCCCAGCACUGCCGGCUCCAAGAUCAAGAAACAAGCCAAUGACCUGGUGGCCACGCUGAUGAGGUGCACACCCCACUACAUCCGCUGCAUCAAACCCAACGAGACCAAGAGGCCCCGAGACUGGGAGGAGAACAGGGUCAAGCACCAGGUAGAAUACCUGGGCCUGAAGGAGAACAUCAGGGUGCGCAGAGCCGGCUUCGCCUACCGCCGCCAGUUCGCCAAGUUCCUGCAGAGGUAUGCCAUUCUGACCCCUGAGACGUGGCCGCGGUGGCGUGGGGACGAACGCCAGGGCGUCCAGCAUCUGCUUCGGGCGGUCAACAUGGAGCCCGACCAGUACCAGAUGGGGAGCACUAAGGUCUUUGUCAAGAACCCAGAGUCGCUUUUCCUCCUGGAGGAGGUGCGAGAGCGAAAGUUCGACGGCUUUGCCCGAACCAUCCAGAAGGCCUGGCGGCGCCACGUGGCUGUCCGGAAGUAUGAGGAGAUGCGGGAGGAAGGUGAGAGGCUUUGGGUACACAGCGCAGAGUGGGGGCGCAAGGACCUGGAGGAGCCGCGUCAGGAGCUCUGCCCUCCACCCUCUAUCUCCGCAGCUUCCAACAUCCUGCUGAACAAGAAGGAGCGGAGGCGCAACAGCAUCAACCGGAACUUCGUCGGGGACUACCUGGGGCUGGAGGAGCGGCCCGAGCUGCGUCAGUUCCUGGGCAAGAGGGAGCGGGUGGACUUCGCCGACUCAGUCACCAAGUACGACCGCCGCUUCAAGCCCAUCAAGCGGGACUUGAUCCUGACGCCCAAGUGUGUGUAUGUGAUUGGGCGAGAGAAGGUGAAGAAGGGACCCGAGAAAGGCCAAGUGCGUGAAGUCUUGAAGAAGAAGCUGGACAUCCAGGCUCUGCGGGGAGUCUCCCUCAGCACGCGACAGGACGACUUCUUCAUCCUCCAAGAGGACGCCGUCGACAGCUUCCUGGAGAGCGUCUUCAAGACCGAGUUCGUCAGCCUUCUGUGCAAGCGCUUCGAGGAGGCAACUCGGAGGCCCCUGCCCCUCACCUUCAGCGACACACUACAGUUCCGGGUGAAGAAGGAGGGCUGGGGCGGUGGCGGCACCCGCAGCGUCACCUUCUCCCGCGGGUCCGGCGACUUGGCGGUGCUCAAGGUUGGCGGUCGGACCCUCACCGUCAGCGUUGGCGAUGGGCUGCCCAAGAGCUCCAAGCCUACGCGGAAGGGAAUGGCCAAGGGAAGACCUCGAAGGUCGUCCCAGGCCCCUACCCGGGCGGCCCCUACCCGGGCGGCCCCUGGGCCCCCGAGAGGCAUGGAUCGCAAUGGGGUGCCCCCCUCUGCCAGAGGGGGCCCCCUGCCCCUGGAGAUCAUGUCUGGAGGGAGCUCCCACCGGCCUCCCCGGGGCCCUCCGUCCACAUCCCUGGGAGCCAGCAGACGACCCCGGGCACAGCUGCCCUCAGAGCACAACACGGAAUUCCUCAACGUGCCUGACCAGGGCAUGGCCGGCAUGCAGAGGAAGCGCAGUGUGGGGCAACGGCCAGUGCCUGGUGUGGGCCGACCCAAGCCCCAGCCUCGGACACAUGGCCCCAGGUGCCGGGCGCUGUACCAGUAUGUGGGCCAAGAUGUGGACGAGCUGAGCUUCAAUGUGAACGAGGUCAUCGAGAUCCUCAUGGAAGAUUCCUCGGGCUGGUGGAAGGGCCGGCUUCACGGCCAGGAGGGCCUUUUCCCAGGAAACUACGUGGAGAAGAUCUGAGCUGGGCCCUGGGAUUCCGCCUUCUCUUUUGCCCGCCUGUCUGCCUGCCUGCCUGGUGGGGAGCCAGGCCCUGCCAAUGAGAGCCUCAUUUACCUGGGCUGCAAUGGCCUAAAAGUCCAGUCCUCUGGCCUCCAGUCCUGCCCAGGCCCUGAGUCUGUGAGUCACUGCUGCAGCCCCUACCCCUGGGCCCUGAUCUUCCCCCAACAUCACACCCGCUCCGCUGCCCAUUCUCCACUUCUGCGUGUGUCAAACGGGACUAACAGCAGAAUCUACCUCCCAACUGCCAUGUGAUUCAGAAAUGAGUCUUGAGUCCUGUGCUGUUGGCAAAGUGCCAGGCACAGUUGGGGGGAGGGGUCGUUGACAAGCGUGACUUUGCUCAUUCUGUCAUCACUAAGGCAAUAAAUGUUUGCCAGGUGAAA